ACAUCACACUUGGCCAUAACAACUCAGUGGCACAGUUUGGGCUCGCUCCAGUGGAUCAUGUUGGCCGGGGACUAACAGCGCAGAGAAUCGCUGCGCUAAAUUGGGGGAUUUGCGGUUUAUUUGCGCUUUAUUCUCAGGGCGGCCGGUGGCAGCUUGCAGAGCGCUCCCCCGGUUUAAAGCCCUAAAUAGUGAGGAGGACUGUUGUGUUGAUGUCAUCCGAGGCACUGGAGCUGUAGCGACCUUCAGUUUCAUCACCGGACCAGGAUAAACAAAGACACUCGUGCUUGUCGUUUUACGCAUUUGCUGUAAUUGCUGCAGUUUCUAAACCGAGGAUGGGACUUGUGUGGCGGUGUUUCGUGGCGCUUUCCUUGUGCACUUUUGCAGCCGGGUCAGAUUUUCUGCAGGACCCAUAUCCCGCCGGACGGUCGCGUUUUGAGAAGAGUUCAAACAUUGCGAGGAAAGCGGUGGAGCUCGUCAAGAGGUCUCUGCCUGAGUGGCUGGCUCCUGCAUCCCCAAAACACAAUAUUCAGCGGAGAAGCACCGACUCCUGCAACGGUCUGCAAGGAUACGAGGCCAAGUUAGAUGCCAACACCCACAGUUACACUCUCAAGGAUUUGAGUGGAUCCGUGUCUCUGGCCUGGGUUGGAGAUGGCACUGGGGUCAUCCUCGCACUGACAACUUUUCAAGUCCCGUUUUUCAUGAUCCGGCUGGGACAGUCCAAACUUUAUCGCAGUGAGAACUAUGGAAAAUCCUUUGACGAUGUGACUGAGUUAAUAAACAGCACCUUUAUCCGCUCCGAGUUUGGGAUUGCGAUUGGUCCAGAAAACUCUGGAAAAGUGAUACUUACUGCAGAAGUAUCAGAGACACUGCAGGCCCGUAUUUUUGUGUCCAGUGACUUUGGGAAGAGCUUCUCUCACCAUGACCUGCCUUUCAUCCCCCUCAUGCAGAUCUCAUAUAACCCCCAGGAUUCCAACGUGCUCGUCGUACUCAGCAACAAAAACGCAAUGUGGCUGUCACAAGAUUUCGGCAGCAGCUGGACUAAGAUCCACGACAUGGUGUGCUUGGUCAAGUGGGGGGCCAAAAGCAACUUAUUUUUCACGACAAACUCUAAUGGCUCAUGCAGUGACCGGGGGAUGCUGGAUCUUAAGAGGACCACAGAUUAUGGGAAAACAAUAAAGACCGUUGCCCGUAAGAUCUACUCGUUUGGUCUUGGAGGGCGCUUCCUCUUCGCCUCGGUGAUGACGGGGACGGGCACACUGAGGAUUAUCCAUGUUUCUGUGGACCACGGAGACACCUGGAACAUGGCCCAGCUGCCCCCUGUUGGUCACGAACAGUUUUACUCCAUUUUAGCCGCCAACGAUGAUAUGGUUUUCAUGCAUGUUGAUGAGCCAGGAGACAGUGGAUUUGGUACUAUUUACGUUUCUGAUGAUCGCGGCACUGUGUACUCAAAGUCCCUGGACCGCCACCUCUACACAACCACAGGGGGAGACACUGACUUCACCAAUGUCACAUCACUACGAGGAGUCUUCAUCACCAGCGUUUUGGCUGAAGAUAGCUCUGUGAAAUCCGUGGUGUCCUUUGAUCGGGGUGGAGAAUGGGUCCCUCUGCAGAAACCUUCCAACUCCAAGUGUGAUGCGACAGCCAAAGAUCCAGACGAGUGCAGUCUCCACCUUCACGCAGCGUACAGCACAGCCAUGAGACUCAAUGUCCCCAUGCUGCCUCUGUCUGAGCCCAAUGCAGUCGGCCUCAUCCUGGCUCAUGGCAGUGUGGGCGACGCCAUCUCCGUCAUGAAGCCUGAUGUCUAUGUGUCUGAUGAUGGGGGCUACAGCUGGAUCAAAGCUCUGGAUGGACCUCAUCACUACGCCAUCCUGGACUCUGGGGGGCUGCUGGUUGCAGUGGAACACAACCCCACCGAGCCCAUCAACACCAUCAAAUUCUCCACAGAUGAAGGGCAGUGCUGGCACGAGUACAACUUCACCAAAGAGCCCAUCUUCUUCACAGGGCUGGCAUCUGAACCCGGGGCCCGCUCCAUGAAUGUCAGUCUGUGGGGGUACAAGGAAACGUUCUUGGCCCAGUACUGGAUCUCUAUCACCAUUGACUUCAGGGAGCUGCUCACCAGAGACUGUGGCGAUUCGGACUAUGUGCAGUGGCUGGCUCACUCUGAUGACGUCAGCGACCCAAAGGAUGGCUGCAUGCUCGGGUACAAGGAGAAGUUUCGGCGUCUGAGGAAGGACUCGGUUUGUUGGAAUGGGCGAGAUUAUGACAUCACCAAACAGCACACCCCCUGCACCUGCACCUUGGACGAUUUCCUCUGUGACUUUGGAUAUUUCCGUCAGGAGAACAGCUCAGAGUGUGUGGAGCAGCCCGAUCUGAAGGGAAAAGUCCUGGAGUUCUGUCUUCACGGCAGAGAAGAGCAGUUACAAACCAAAGGAUACAGAAAAAUCCCUGGUGACAGAUGUGAAGGAGGACAGAUGCCUGAGCGGAAAGAGAUUGACCUGCGACAGCACUGCGUCAGUGACCUGGUCGAGCCCUCACAAGUCAAGUCCCUGGCUUCAAGUUCGUCCAAAUCAAUGCCUGCGGUCAUCACAUUUAUUGUCAUCGUUAUGCUGCUGAGCGUUGUGGGUGGAGUCGUCUUCAUCAAGAAAUAUGUCUGUGGAGGAAGGUUCCUGGUGCACAGAUACUCAGUGCUGCAGCAGCAUGCGGCAGAGAACGGUGACCUGGACGAGCCUCUGGAGACCAACCACACGCGCAACGGCAAGAUCGAAUUUCACGAUGAUUCAGACGAGGAUCUGCUUGAAUAGCUGGUGUAACCUGUGCUUCAGCUGAGCUCCAUGUUACCGGGCCUUCCUCCCUGGGGCAGACUCUUCUGUCUUCAGCCUUCUCUCUUUCACCUUUAGUGCGCUGCAGCCGGGGACAGACAAAGGGCCACUGAUGUCAUCUCAAAAUAUGAAUGUACAAAGGCGCCCGGGCCAGAGGGAGACAAUACUGGAGGAUCUGAAGUACUCGUGUUUCGCUUCAAUUUCUGAUUCUGUUGAUUGAGUUAUUUAUUGUAGGGUCUUAAGCAGAAAUCUGAACUUUGAGCAGAGCUCAGCCUUUGGGUUAGAAGUGAAGGUUCUUAUGGGACACUCCUGUCGAAGACACUGGUUUACGGCAUUUGUAAAUAAACUUUUCUUUGCCUUUUCUGUCGUGAUACAGGAACGUGAUGUUUAAGAUGGAUGAUCUCCAUUAGGGCUGCACAAUGAGAGUAGUACAUGUUUUAUGCAGUAUGAUUGGAAAUAUUUUGAUACAGUUUUUGGGGUUUGGGUACCAGAUGAUGACAAUGAUACAUAUUGAUUUAGUUCUUUCAAGAUCAAACAGUUCUUUUUGCAAUAUAAAUCAUAUCUAGCAAUAUUGAGUUCACCAUUAAUUCUGUGAAGCAUUUGCACCACUUAUCACAAUUUAUUUAAAGGCACAGUAUGUAACUUUUUUAGCCAAAAAUAGACUAAAAGUAUGUCUUUUAAUUUUGAUUGGUUAUUGCACUGAAAAAGCAGGGUGUACAGUCUGCUGUCUCCAUAAACCUGGCUCUUAUUUGGCCUGAAGAAAGGUCUCCUGCUUGUUUCUAUGGAAAUGUUGCUCUUUUGGCUAUAAUCUUCCACAACUUAUUAAUGUCAUGUUCAGAAGUAUGGUUUUAACUUUCUAUUUUCUUUGAAUCAUGCAGGUGACAUGCCAUCUCCCAAAAGUUACAUACUGCAGCUUUAAGUAGUGUUAAACAUUUGAAGCCAAGAGCGUGUUAGUCUCUGGUUUUCAGCCUCAUUCAUUUCAUUGAUGAGUGAGUUUGUCAAUGAGGUGAACUCCCUUUUUGCACCAACUUUGAGAGCAAUAACAUUUUCCCGUAAAUUAGUUUAUUUUAUGUUUUUGACCCAUUUAAAUUAUUCUUUUCCCAAAGCACAAGCCCAACAUAUUUAUCUUUUUAAAUUCUUUAUAAAAAAUGUUGUUGGUGACCCAAGCUUUUCCAGCGUUUUGUAUGCCAAAUUUAUGUAACAUGUAAAGUUUAAUUGUGCUUAAGGGAGAUAAUGCAAUAUUUGUAGCUAAUCAAAUAUUUUUACAACAAGGAAAAUGAGAGAAAAGCACAAAAACAUACGGAGAUUAGUUUGUUAAUUAGUCAAACUGUAAAUGUUGGUUGUGACGCAGAGGCAAAUCAUUUUUAAAUAGGCCUUGAGAUGUCUAUUUUUGACAAAUGAUGAAGAGAUCAAUCUGUCAGUUUCACUCGUGUAGUUAUGUGUCUAUCGUCCUCUGGUUUAAUUUAUUACAGAGAGGUAAAGAGUGCAGAGAAUACUUGGAUGAGAUUUUGAAAAAGUGCCUGUUGUGUGGAUGCUCUCUUUGUAGUGUGGGUUUAGUGUAAUUUAUCAUAUCUUGCUGCACAUCAAUAUAACGAAUUUUCAGGCUUCCAACAGUAAAUGCAUGUUAAUUUUCACUUAAAUGUUUUAAAUUUACACUUAAAUUGACUCCGUGAUCAGCUAAACUUGAUUGAAACCAAGGUUGUGCGUGCGUAGCUGCUAGAUGUUGGAUGCCUCUUUUGUGAACUGAGUUUUAAAAGCUUGUUGCAUAUUGUGAAAUGACUACUUUUUUCUUACAGUUUGAGAUCUGUAUAAAUUUGCUUUUCUGGUUAUGUAAAUAUUCAAGUUACAACUUUGUAUCUGCUGGUUCUCUCCAUUUUUCUUUGAAGGUUUUAAAUAAAUUCACAUGUUCCUGUAAUACUGCCUUUGUUUCUUUUAAUAUGAACUCUUUGAAAUUGGACAUUGUGGUCUCAUAAGUUAUAAAGGCACUAAAUAAAUGCAUAAACUUUUCUGUUGAAGGC